GGGAAUACAAUAUAUACUUAAGAUGCCCACUCCCCACAGAGACCAUAUUCUUCCUCCAUUCUUCUGGCUGUGUCUGCCUCAACUCAUAGGGGCAAAAACAAAAUUCAGCCAAGAUGUCGGAGAAAAAGAUGUCGUCGAGUCGCAAGCAUCAUCUGAAGAGCUUGAUGCUUUCAAUCGCUAAAGGUAUUCUGGAACAGGAAGUGAAGGACAGAGAGGUUGAAAGGCAGAGAUACAUGGCAGAGACCUGCCCGCCUCUGUCUCUACCUUCAGGCAUUCAGUCAUUACAGGAACUGUGCAGGGAGCUUCACCACAAAAUUGAUGCCAUUGAUGAGGAAAGAUACGACAUGGAAAUGAAAGUUAACAAGAGUGCGAAGGAGAUUGAAGACCUGAAUAUCAAAGUUAUUGACCUGAAGGGCAAAUUCAAGAAGCCAACUCUAAGGAAGGUGCGUAUGUCGGCCGACGCUAUGCUUCAGGCUCUGCUGGGCUCCAAACACAAAGUGUCUCUGGAUCUGAGAGCCAACCUCAAACAAGUCAAGAAGGAGGUCAAAGAGGAGGAUAAAGAACUGCGUGAUGUUGGUGACUGGCGUAAGAAUGUUGAAGACAAGGCUGGCAUGGACGGCAGGAAGAAAAUGUUUGAAGCCGAGGCUUAAAUUUUUAGAUUUUGAAGUUCAAUAUGCUGCUCAGAAUUGGCCUAAAAAUGUCAAUUAGUGUUGCGAUAAACUGUGUACAUAAAACACACUCAUUUGCAUUUGAUAUUAUAAAAAAAAGCUAUCAAAAGCAAAUAUUACUUAGUUUUCUGUUCAACAUUGGUAAUGAAAUGUAUAUUCUCAGCCCAUGUCUCAAAGUCUUACACUAUCAAUAAACAGUUAAGCAAGAAUG